UUUGUGACGUAAAUUCCGGCCGCCAACAGUGACAGCCCUUUUCGCGGUAAAAUGAAAUGGACGCUGUGUUGGUGAGAUUUAGUGAACGCAUGUAUCCAACCCAAAGUUAAAGAGCUUAGGUGUGUUAUCGCAUUAGUGUUUAGAUAUAAGCUGACUCUGUGUUGCUAUGAAGUGCGACAGCUAAGCUAACGUUAGCUAACGCUUGGAGCAUAACACCGGGACGUCGGCUAAAAGCACAAUUCCGAACGUUCACCCAGGCAUCGGUACAUCGUAGACAAUGGAUCCGGUGACUGCAGAGAGCUUAAAGGAGGAGAUGGAGAUGUUUAGUGUUUCCUACGAAGAUGAUGCUGUUCUCGACAAAAUGGUUGAACAGUGCAUCUGCAACAGGCUAGAAGCAAAUGAGAUGGUGAAUGAGUGGGUAGCUUUCAGCUCCACUAAAAAGGGUCUAAAACUCACCAUAAACACCCUGCAGCAAUUUGAACACGAGGUUUUAAACAAGAGAAGCCAGUCUAAACCAAGCUCCAGGAAAGAUGAAGCGUAUAACAGACCCAUGGAUAUUCACACUAUACAGGAACUAAUUAAAGCUGAAGAGGAGGAGGAGGAUCUUCUAGACUCCUAUUCUACUCCUGCAAAGGGCUCUCAGAAACGAGCGCUUACCACGCCAGAGCAUCCUCGGUCCAAACGGAGUGCAGCUCUGCUGCCCAGUCCGAGCCUGCUGCUGUCUCCUGCCAGCUUCUCCCCAAGUGCUACACCUUCCCAAAAGUACAGCCAGCGAGGAGCUAAGGGGGAGGUGGUGGUUACAUUUGGAGCCGUGCAAGGGACCCGUUGGGUGGGCAGGAAGGAUCCGGGUGCAGGAGUCCAGGUGGAGCUUCUGGAAGGACCUGAAAACUCACUAUGCUGCAGCUACAAGUUUAUGUUUCAGAGGCUCCGAGAUGUUCACAAUGUGUUGGCCGAGAAGAUUGAAGACUUGGGGAAGAGCCUCAUAUCUCACUUUAAAAUUGAGGAGUUGUCCUGCGCCUCUCUACCUGCUCAGGACACUAUAAGUGUUCUGGGUCAGGUUUGCUGCGACGGUAACGGCAAACUGAACGCAAAGUCGGUUCUGCUGGAAGCAGGACCGGACCAGGGAGGUCAGCAAGUACCAGUAGACCUGUCGGAGCUGAAAGAGUACUCCCUGUUUCCUGGUCAGGUGGUGGUGAUGGAGGGAAUGAAUGCCACAGGUGAACGAUUUGUGGCUUCCAAACUUUAUGAUGGUGUUCCUCUUCCGUUUUACACCUCCAACGUAAAAACAGAGAAUGAUGAAGUCUCGGAGCCGUUGAGCGUUCUGGUGGCCUGUGGACCGUACAUGCCCUCUGACAGCCUCACCUUUGACCCUCUUCUGGACCUAAUCAGUGUCAUAGUCAGGGAUCGUCCUGAUGUCUGCCUGCUGUUGGGCCCUUUUGUGGACUCCAAACACGAGAAAAUCGAGAAAGCUGAGGUGACUGAAACAUUUGAAGCCAUUUUCUCCAGAUGUAUUGAAAGCAUCGUUGAUGGCACCAGAAGUGUCGGCUGCCACUUGGUGUUCGUGCCGUCUCAGAGAGACAUCCACCAUCAUUUCAUCUACCCACAGCCCCCCUUCACCCUGCCCAGCCUCAGGAAGGAGCAGAUCCAGCGUGUCACCCUGGUCUCCGAUCCCUGCACCCUUCUGAUUAAUGGAGUGACCUUUGGCCUAACGUCCACUGACAUCCUGUUCCACAUCAGUGCUGAGGAGAUCAGCAGCGGCACCGGCUCGGACAGAUUCUCACGGAUCCUGAAGCACAUGCUGACCCAGAGGAGCUACUACCCAUUGUACCCACCUGUGGAGGAGGUGAACAUGGAUUAUGAGAAGUUCCAGAGCUUCGGUCAGAUGCCGCUCACCCCCGACGUUCUCAUCAUUCCAUCUGAGCUGCGUUACUUUGUGAAGGAUGUGGUCGGCUGUGUUUGUGUGAAUCCUGGAAGGCUGACCAAAGGUCAGGUGGGCGGGACUUACAGCAGGAUGUUGAUUCAGCACGGCGCCUCAUCAGAGGUCGGACAGAGAGUCAGCCCCUGUUUGGCUGCUCAAGUGGUGAAAAUCUGACCAGAAUGUUUUAAAUCACCACUGGGACCUGAAAUGAACUGUAAUAAUCACAGCCAGGAAGGUUUUAGAAAUGUGUCCAGGAGUGCCCUUUGACCUUUAGAAACCAUGAGAAAUAUUUGUGUGUUUUCUUAUAUUCAAGCAUGGCGUGGUGGAGUUGGUUCAGCAGAGGAGAAUAAAUCAGCAUUUGUACAGUUUUUUUGUUUUCAUUUAAAUAAAAAAAUGCAUUUUCUCAA